GUGACAUAUAAAUAGAUGUUCCACAAGAGGUCUUAGUUGCAUCUCUGCAACUUCCCAAACCGGUUUGCACCAGGUUAAACCAAGGUUGAACUGAACAGUACAAGAUGAGUGAGCACACACAUUUAAAGCAGCUUAAUGGAAGUGCUGCAACACACUGCGCCAGAGAUGAGGAACUACACAAAGAAUGCAGUGCUGGAAAAUGCAGCAAGACGGUGCAACAGGAAGACACAUGGAGCACUUUCCGUAUAAUUCGAGUGUGCACGCUGAUGGCGCCAAUAGUAACACUGUUGUAUGAAGGAUGUCGUCAUCCGUCUGAGCCCUGGGCCCUGUUGGGUGACACAAGUAUGCCUUUCUUGGACUGGACAACACUGUUUGUAGUUUUCAUAUAUACUGCACUGCAGGGAGCUCUCUACUAUUUGCCAUUUGGCCCAGUAGAACUUUGCAGAAAGGGUAGUGAUGGAAAGUUUUUGCAAUACAAUUGCAACAGUUUGCAUGCAUUUGUUGUGAGCUCAGCUGUCCUCGUGGGGAUGUGGAUUGGUGGUGUGUUCCAGGCAUGUCUGAUCACAGACAGAAUCUAUUCUCUCAUAUAUGCCUGUUCCAUAAUCUCUUUACUCAUGGCCACAGUUGUGUAUCUGCACUCAUGUAGAGAGCAAACAUCAAAUGAAAUUCACAGAAAAAUAACUGGACUGCUUCGAGACUUUUCUCUUGGUAAGGAGAUUAGCCCUCGGAUUGCUGGCAUUGACAUGAAACAGUUUUUCAUGGUCAGGAUUGGAUUUAUGGGAUGGGGGAUAAUUAGUAUAUGUUAUUUAUUGGCUGAGAUUGAAAGAGACGGACUAGUUUCUCUGCCUAUGCUUCUCGUGGUGGUCUUUCAACUUCUUUACACAGUGGAGUUCUUUAUAGACGAGGCCUCAGUUUUGGACACCAGAGAAUUCACAGAUGAGGGUAUUGGCUUCCUCAUGAUCCAAGGAGAAUAUAUUUACAUUCCAUUUUGUUCAAGCACUCCUGCAUUCUUCCUGCUCCAUAGGCCUUUACAGAUCAGUCUCCCCGCUGUCAUUCUCAUUUGUCUUCUCUAUGGUGUGGGCUUGGCCAUUUAUUAUUUUUCCAAUGUUCAAAAGGAUUGUUUUCGGAAAGAUCCCAGUGAUCCUGCUAUUUCAAGUCUGAAGACAAUUUCAAGUCCCACUGGGCAGAAUCUCUUAGUGUCUGGCUGGUUUGGAUGGGUUCGUCACCCAAACUAUCUUGGUGAUAUUCUGAUGACUUGGGCGUGGACUCUUCCCUGUGGAUUUUCAAAUGUUUUACCUUACAUACCAGCUGUCUUCUGCACAAUCAUUCUGAUAAGGAGGGCCAAUGAAAAUGAGGAGGCAUGUCAAGAAAAACAUGGUGAAGCAUGGCAGGAGUACUGUCGUCGUGUGCCAUACCAACUGCUUCCUUACAUAUACUGAAGAUAUGUUAUUACCUCCGCCAAGGAGGUUAUGUUUUCAUCUGCACUUUUUUGUUUAUUAUGCAUAUUAUGGAAGGAUUUUGAUGAACAUUUCAGGGAAGGUCUGAA